CACCUGAGACAAACGCGCCCCCUACACCUGUUAUAAGCCACACCAUUCACAUUCUCUCACACUCAUUCUAAAGGCUCUUGAAAAAAGGACUUUGAAAACUGCGAAGCCAAACCUAAAAGCAAAAACAAUGUUUGAUGAGAGACCACGUGGUCAUGGUGGAGCGCCUCACGGCGUGCUACUGGCGGUGGUGGUGAGCAUAGUGGUGCUGGUUCCGUUUCUGUUUGGUGACUCAGGCGAGGCCGUGACCGAGUUCAUUGCCGAGCUCUUGAGCCCAGUAGGGCUCCUGCUUUUGCCUAUUAUUCUCCUACUCACCAUCCAGUUUCUCUCGUCCGAUCGUGGUUCAUUUGUGUCCAGCUUGUUCUCUACUGGUGGACCUGACUCCAUUCACAGGGUUAGUGGGUCGCCUGUUGGUGUGGCGCUUUUCCUCAUUUUGAUCUUGUUUUUGCUUUACAAUCGUGUAUCGAUCUUUGGUGGUGAUGAUGAUUCUGGUGAUUAGUUCAAAACUUGAAAUGGUAAAUGGAUCUGUGUUACUUUUCUUUGUUCUUUAAUACUUUUGAUAUGUUAUAAUAUACAGUGGGGUACGUACGUAGACUUUCAUGUAUGAACUAUGAAGAUGGUUAGGGGAACUGGGGAAGGAUCUUUUUGUAAUUUACGUAAAUACCCAGGUAUUGUGUGGUCAUGUGGAACAUAGUUGAAGUUGAUUUUCCAAUGUUUAAUUAUAGAAAUACCCUUUUCAUUA